GAGUGAUUACUUGAAUGGAGCGUCAUAGGUGCCACGAACUAAAGUGUGUGAAUUAGCUUUCACCUGAAAACCGGGAAGCGGAGGGAAUGAUUGCGGUUGGUCCGCUCAGAACAGCUAGGCGCUCCCCUUUACAGGUUGUCUGGGAACAAAGCAGGACAAGUUUGGGCACCUGAAGGAUCUACUGCUUUCAAGUGUUUGCUCUCAGCGAGGUUAUGUGCUGCUCUCCUGAGCAACAUCUCCGACUGUGAUGAAACAUUCAACUACUGGGAACCUACACACUACCUCAUCUAUGGGAAGGGAUUUCAGACUUGGGAAUAUUCCCCAGUUUAUGCCAUUCGCUCCUAUGCUUACCUGUUGCUUCAUGCCUGGCCAGCUGCAUUUCAUGCAAGAAUUCUACAAACUAAUAAGAUUCUUGUCUUUUACUUUUUACGAUGUCUUCUGGCUUUUGUGAGCUGUAUUUGUGAACUUUACUUUUACAAGGCUGUGUGCAAGAAAUUUGGGCUGCAUGUGAGUCGAAUGAUGCUGGCCUUCUUAGUUCUCAGCACUGGCAUGUUCUGCUCAUCUUCAGCAUUUCUUCCUAGUAGUUUCUGUAUGUAUACUACAUUGAUAGCCAUGACUGGCUGGUACAUGGACAAGACUUCCAUCGCUGUGCUUGGAGUAGCAGCUGGGGCUAUCGUCGGCUGGCCAUUCAGUGCGGCUCUUGGCUUACCUAUUGCCUUUGACUUGCUGGUCAUGAAACACAGGUGGAAGAGUUUCUUUCAUUGGUCGCUGGUGGCCCUCAUUCUCUUUCUGGUUCCUGUGGUGGUCAUCGACAGCUACUAUUAUGGGAAGCUGGUGAUUGCACCGCUCAACAUUGUUUUGUAUAAUGUCUUUACUCCACAUGGACCUGAUCUUUAUGGUACAGAACCCUGGCAUUUCUAUUUAAUUAAUGGAUUUCUGAAUUUUAAUGUAGUCUUUGCUUUGGCUCUCCUGGUCUUACCACUGACUUCUCUUAUGGAAUACCUACUGCAGAGAUUUCAUGUUCAGAAUUUAGGCCACCCAUACUGGCUUACCUUGGCUCCAAUGUAUAUUUGGUUUAUAAUUUUCUUCAUCCAGCCUCACAAAGAAGAGCGAUUUCUUUUCCCUGUAUAUCCACUUAUUUGUCUCUGUGGCGCUGUGGCCCUUUCUGCACUUCAGAAAUGUUACCACUUCGUGUUUCAGCGGUACCGCCUGGAGCAUUAUACUGUGACCUCAAAUUGGCUGGCGUUAGGAGCACUCUUACUCUUUGGACUCCUGUCCUUUUCUCGCUCUGUGGCACUGUUCAGAGGGUAUCAUGGACCCCUUGAUUUGUAUCCAGAAUUUUACCGAAUUGCUACAGACCCAACCAUCCACACUGUCCCAGAAGGCCGAGCUGUUAAUGUCUGUGUAGGAAAAGAGUGGUAUCGAUUUCCUAGCAGCUUUCUUUUACCUGAUAAUUGGCAGCUUCAGUUCAUUCCGUCAGAGUUCAGGGGCCAGUUACCAAAACCUUUUGCGGAGGGACCACUGGCCACCCGGAUUGUUCCUACUGACAUGAACGACCAAAACCUAGAGGAGCCAUCCAGAUAUAUUGACAUCAGUAAAUGCCAUUAUUUAGUGGAUUUGGACACCAUGAGAGAAACACCCCGGGAGCCAAAAUAUUCAUCCAACAGAGAAGAAUGGAUCAGCUUGGCCUACAGACCAUUCCUUGAUGCUUCUAGAUCUUCAAAGCUGCUGCGGGCAUUUUAUGUCCCCUUCCUGUCUGAUCAGUAUACAGUGUAUGCAAACUACACCAUCCUCAAACCCCGGAAAGCAAAGCAAGUCAGGAAGAAAAGCGGAGACCGGAGAAGAGCAGAAUCAACUCAUAGGAAGAACUGAAAGCCUCUGAACUGGGUGGCUGUGGCGAGCUCUUCCCCAUGCUCCGAGAACUAGCAAGCCUCUCCGGGGCCAUGUGGGCUUCUCCCCAAGGCUUGUGGCAGCUUCUAGCAGACCUUCUUGUUCAAAUCCGAGUGCUGAAGAUGAGCACAGUCUACAUGUCCUUUUCCCUCCAGCAAGACCAAGUUUCUCUAACGCUCUUCACAGAACUAGGGCCCUGACCUGGAGGUACCUCAGGAAAAAGGCAACGCUGUGAGAAACUGUGGCCUAAUUUCGCUAUUGAGGAUGCCUCAAUUUUCAUUUUAUUUCCUUUACAACAACCUGUAACUAUGUGGGUGUUUUUCCCUAAAUUUUAGCAUGCUAUUUCUUGUCUUCAAGAUUUCCCAGUGUAAAGGUAUCAAUAGACCAGACGGUUAUAGUACAGGACAUAUUUGGAGAAAAUUCUAUUAAUUGGUAGAGUUGGAUAACAUCACAUUUGUAAGUAAUUCCAUGGCCAUUUCUGAAGAAAUUGAGAAUUCCUCUUUUUUAAACAAUGCUAGUAAAAAAGACAAAACAGUGUAUAUUUAUAGCAGCUAUUUUUGAGUCCGUAUAUUGCAAAGCACACCCUGCAUGGGGCAGUUCUCAUCAGAUAGGCAAUUAUAAAGGCCUAGUAUUUUAAUAAGUAUGUACUAUUAUUUUGCCUUUACAUACAUUAUUUUGUAGUUUAUAAAGCACUUUUGCAUUAUCUCAUUUGAUCCUCAGUUACAGCGUGAGAUAGACAAAGCAAGUGGUUUUAUACCCAUUUUAUAGAUUAAGAAAUUGAGACUGCAGGGGGAGGUAAAAUGACUUGCCCAAGGUCACACAGCCAGUAAGUAAUAGCACUAGGACUGGAACCUGGGUUGUCGUCUCAUCUAAUACUCUUCCAUAUUUCCUCACUUGACUAUGAAAACAUUACUUGAAAAGAUGAUGAGGUUGGCCAGGGACUUGAUUGAUAGUGUAACUUUCUGUUUUAAUGAAGAAUUUUACCUGUUUUUCUUUAA